CAUUUAACAGUGAUAAAGAGUUGAAAAUAUAUAAACUUCAAGAGGAGUCAACAGAAUUGCACCGAACAAAAGGAGAGCAUGCUCAAAAAAUAAUUCAACUAACCAUCGAUUUAAAAGCAAAAGAUGAUUUAAUUCUACAAAAAGAUUUAAUUAUUCGAGAAAAUCAAAAUCAAAUGGAUAGUGUUCUUUCAGAAAAUGGACGGCUAAAUUCACUAAUUGCUGACUUGGACGCUGCUAACCAGGCAAUUAAGGAUGAACACCAGGCUCUUCAAAUGCUCUGCAAUUUAACAGAAGAAAAGUAUAAAAAUCUUCAGUUUGAAUACUAAGAGUUGGUACAAAGGUGUAUGCAUCAAAAAGCAUUAGAAGCAGAUCUUCUUAACAUGCAAAAUGAAGUUUUGGCUAGUAGGAGGCAACAAAAGCUUCAACAAGAAUUGAUCGAUGCAGCAAACGAACCUAUUUUUCUACCACCUGUAUCAUCAAGCCCUGAAAAUGGUAAAAGAUCUUCAAGCUAUUCUAGCCUAGGAAUGAUCUGCUUAACUUCUGUGCCAGAUCGACCAACACAAUCAACAGAGUGCCAUGAAGAAGAAGUCAUGACAGUGCGUUUUAGUCCUUCUGGAAAAUACUUUGUAACAGGUGGUUCAGAUCGAAAAGUUAAAAUCUGGGAAAUAGAUGGAAGAGGAAAAAUUGAUCUUGGCUUCGUCAAAUGAUAAUGCUUGUUGGAUAUGGAGUAUAAAUGAUUUAAUAUUACGACAUACUUUGACAGGACACAGCAAUAAAGUAAUGACAGCAAAGUUUCUUGGAACAGAUUCGAGCAAAAUAGCAUCUGGAAGUUAUGAUAGAACAAUAAAAGUAUGGGAUUUAAGAAGCAAAGUUUGCACUAAAACACUCUUUGCAGGAUCCAGUUGUAAUGAUCUUGUUACAUCAGACAUUGCAGGGACUACUAUCAUUAGUGGCCAUUUUGAUAAAAAAAUUCGCUUCUGGGAUAUAAGAUGUGAUCAAAACUCUAAUGAGAUUCAGCUUCAAGGCAAAGUUGCAUCUUUAGACUUGUCCCAAGAUAUGAAUUAUCUUUUGGCUUGCACGCGAGAUGACUCACUAAAACUGAUUGAUUUAAGAAGAAAUCGAAUUGUAUCCACAUACAGAACUGAUGGUUUUAAAGUUGCGUUUGAUUACACUCGUGCUUGUUUUAGCCCGGAUGCUCAAUAUGCUUUAUGUGGGUCACAUGACAACAAUAUUUAUGUAUGGAAUACACGCACAAACCAACUCGAUAAAGUUCUUAAGGAACAUAAGAGCGCUGUUAUUGCAACAGCAUGGCAUCCGCAUGGAUCUAGUAUUUUAUCAAGCGACAAAAAUAAGCACGUUAUUUUGUGGAAUGACUUUUGAAAAUGAUUUUUAAAUACGGUUUGGAGUGCUUUGAGAAUCCAAAAGCAACGUUGUCAGUUAAACAGUUCCCGCUUUAGAUCUAAUAUGGCGCACUUUGGUUUAAUAUCAAUGUAGAUUCUUAUUGUUUUUGUGGUGUGCAUCUGAUGGUGUUUAUCGUUUUUGUUAAAACAGUUUUAUAUUUUAAAUACUAUUCCUGUUGGCUAUAUACCCUCAAGUUGUUGCUAUUGACAUCAAUGUGUUUUUUUUGAAUGGAUAUUUAGUAAAUAAGUAGAGUAUAAAUGGUAUUAAAAGUAACCGAGUUUAGCAAAAAAACUACAAAUUGAAUUACGAUCAGAGAUCGUAAUUUAACUCUUUGUGUAUGAUCAAUAUGAUAAAAAAAAACUUUAAAACUUUUGAAAAGGGCUAGAUAAUUUUUGCUAUUUGUAAAUGUUUUAACUUUUUAUAUUUAGCAAAAAAAUUUUAUAUUAUGUUCGCUAAGCUCAUACAUAAAAUCAAAUUAAUUGGUUGUUAGAAACGUUUACGGUAUGCCAUCUUCAUUAUGUACGAGAGAUUUCACGUAGCUGGCAGAUUAUAAGUACGAAUCGGAUUUCUGUAUUUCUUGAAGCCUCAAGAGAAUUUUAUUAAACUUAUUUUUAAUCUUUUUGACAAAUUUUAUGAAUAAUUACUGUUUAAUAUUUUGUAUAUUAGUAUACAGAACUUUUUGUUUUGAUAUUUAUAUAGAGUAUAAUUGUAUGAUAUGAAAUCUCUAAGAAUUAUAUCCAAUUUUGUAUUGAAA